CAGGCUUUGAUAAUAGUUAGGAAAUACACAGACAAAGGCUGGCAUUCAGUUUUGGAUUUGGAAGUCUAGGAUUAAUACUUAUCUGUGCUGCGUUUUACUCACAUUUAUUGUGUUCAGGAGUCUUCUAAGGACUGUAUGAGGCAGAGCUGUUUGUGUGACUUGAAGAGCCAGCAAGCAGUCGGACUUUUCUUGGGCCUCUGCUGAAGCAGUGCUACGCAACAACUGCCCCACCUGCUGCUUGAGGGCUCUGGUUCCUACCCCCAGAUACAUCAUCUUUGGCGAUCUGGUUAAGAUGGGCACAAAUCCUGUUCUUGUAGUCCAUGGUGGAGCUUGGGCAAUACCAGAUGAGUUUGCUGAAAGAAGCAUCCUGGGAGUGAAAAAUGCAGUUAAGAGUGGCUUUGCAGUGUUGGAAAUGGGAGGAAGUUCAAUGAAGGCUGUUGAAAUUGCUGUGCAGGCCUUAGAAGAUGAUAUUGUGUUUGAUGCAGGUCAUGGUGCUGUACUGAAUGCUGAUGGUUAUGUGGAACUUGAUGCAAUCAUCAUGAAUGGAAAAACUCUUGCUGCUGGUGCAGUCUCCUGUAUCAGGAACAUUUCUAAUCCGGUGACGUUUGCUUGUUCAGUCUUGGAAAAGACACCUUAUGUGAUGCUCACUGGAACGGGUGCUAACCAGUUUGCUGAGAAGCUAGGCAUACCUCAAGUGCCUGUAGAAGAGUUAGUAACAGAUCAUGCCAAAGCUGAAUGGGAGCAAUACCGCAAAUACAAGCAGACUGUUAAAUCACUUUUUAACACAGAAUUGGUUCAUGACACAGUGGGUGCAGUUGCUAUAGACUGUGAAGGUAACAUGGCUUGUGCAACGUCAACUGGAGGCAUCACAAACAAAAUGGUUGGACGUGUUGGUGACACCCCAAUCAUAGGUUCAGGUGGCUAUGCUGACAACCUUGUUGGUGCUGUCUCUGCAACUGGUCAUGGAGAGUCCAUCAUGAAAGUCACUCUUGCAAGGCUUAUCCUCUUUCAUAUGGAACAAGGUAAAACUCCAGAGGAAGCUGCAGAUUCUUCUCUUCACUAUAUGGAGAAGAGAGUCCAUGGUCGGGGAGGAGUUAUAAUUGUCAGCAAAACUGGAGAAUGGACAGCACGAUUCACCACCAAGCGGAUGGCAUGGGCAGGCAUAAAGGAAGGAGUGUUAAUGUAUGGCCUAAAUCCAGGAGAAACAAUUCAAGAAAUAAUUAACCCCCCCAAAUAAACUUUUUUGGGGAGGGAAUUUUUACACUGGAUGUUAUUAGUUUGUGCUACAUGAUUCUUAAUGAAGGGUGUAUGUAUGCAUUUUUGGACUAACUUACUUCUUAUUCAAGAAGAUUCCUAAAAAAAUGACUUUAUUACCUUUAAUAAAGAUAGUUUUCCAAAGGCAUUGUAUUUGGUUAUUGCAGAACUUUGAGAAAAUGCUAAAUGCUACAUUGAGUCAGUGUUCCAUAGGAGUGGUGUUUCAUGCAAAAUUCAAUAUCUCAACUGUAGUGAACAAACAAACAAAAUGUGUAGGAUAUUCUAUGUUUCAGCUGCAACAUCCACAUCCAACUCGGGUAAUUUCAGUAAUGUGUGCAAGUUUUUUUCCUUUGCUCUCUAAAUGUAUCAUGUAUUCAUUGUUGUGCAUUUUUAGAAAAUUUUAAUGUAAUGGAAAAGUUGAGCUUUCCAUCAAGUUUAUCCAACUAAGUCUUAAUAGCAAUCCCACAAGUAUAUUUUAAUGUUUUGUGCUGAAUAUUUACCCCAAGAAUACAGAAAGCAGUGGAACUACUUUUAUGUCUUCCAAAAUAAGCUAUAGACUUUAUUUUCUUCUACAUUUGAAAGAUUGAAAUACCCUAUUUGUUAAACCACCUUUAUGGUCCUUUCAUUAAUUCCUCCCAAACCCAGUGAAACACGUUCUUUCAAGUAGACUGUCCCAAAUAAACCACUUUCUGGUAAAAACAGCAUUGCUCUCUUCAAGCAAUCAAAACAAGGUGGGAUUAAUGUUCCACAUAAUGUACAAAAUUCAGCGUUUAAAAAUCAGCUUCACACAUAUAAUUGCAUCAAUACCUCCUUAUAACAGAAACCUUCAUGAGAAAAAGAGCAAAGCACAGACUCUAUUUGUGCAAAGGAUUCAUCUCACAUAAAAUUUCCUUUUGGUCUGUGCAAUCUAUAUAUCUUCACAGCCUGCACUGCAGUUUUUUUUUUCACUGAAGAAUUAUCUGUCUUACUCAGUAAUGAGGUGCACUUUCACAAGUAUAUUGUAUAGAUUUUUGUAACAGUAUUUCAUUGGUUUUGUAAUCUUUUUUUCCUAAAAGCAGUCACCCUUUUACAGAAAUGUCCAAUACUUUGGACUACAGAAAUAUUAUGAGGCAUUCAAGUUUCUUCUAUGAUCCUCCAUACAGUAGAGUUUGAAAUGUUUCCAUAUCUUACUGGUUAUGGCUUGCCGCUCCAUGGAUGUUUUCCAUAAACACUGACAGAUAAGAUAAAAAAGAUACAUUUUGCUGCGAGUCUUGGAUCACCUAAAAAUAAAUUAGCAAUCAGAUGCUGUCGUUUGUACUUUAGGUUUUUUCCUAAAUUGAAUAGCUUUGAUGUCAGCUGCAGCAAUAUAGAGGUGACUUAUUCAAAUAAUCUUGGACAGUAGCAAAUUUAGCUUGUGAUAUUUUAUUUUUGCCACACCAACUUCAAAGAUAUUGAGGAGGUAAACAAUUGUGAGGUGCGCACACUGGCUGUGCACAACAAAGACACAUAACUUCAUUUUGUGCUCACUUUCAUACAAACUCUUUCCUAAAACAUUUUUCAGAAUUAAACAUGGUAAUACAAUUUUAAAAAAAUAGGUAUCGGCAGAGUGAAAUAAAUUAAGAGGUAUAGGUAAUGGAGAAAGAGAUGUUUUCAGUCAAGAAGUGAAAAGAGAAAGUAAGUGAACUCGAGAGAUAGUGAAGACUGCACCUAAAAGAAAGAGCUGCAGAGAGCUUUUCCACUAAGCAUAUCAAGAUUGGAUGGGAGAACAAAGGGAAGGUCAAUACUCAACAAGCUGGGAGGGGAACAGAAAAAGGCAAAGUUUAUGAGGUAGCAUCAGGACUGUGUGAACUGCUUGAAAUGAACCAACAAGUUUCUCAGAAUUUGCACUGGGUUGUGUUUGACUGUCAGUGGUUUGCUCAAAAAUAUCCUGUCAGGAGCUCACUGCUAGUCUAACAGUCUCCUAUCAGGGACUCCAGCAUCCACUAUAAAGUGUGUAGCAAAGAGUCCAGACAUCAGUGGCUAGAGGUGGGAUAGGGAGACAGGAAAUGUACUGAAAAAAGACAUAUUAACUAUGUUAAUGUUACACGUUCCCCCAGGCUGGAGGAGGUGCCUUAUGUUUUUCAGGUGUGACAAAGUUCCUGCUCUACCUUGGUGGGUCUUGCGCUUACUGACGGAUUUGCUCACCUCGGAGCUUUACGGCAGCCCUCAGCUUGGCCGUUUUUCUGAAUUCACAGUCCAGGUCUGUCAUAAAUAUAAAGGGAAGGGUAAACCCCUUUAAAAUCCCUCCUGGCCAGAGGAAAUCUCCUCUCACCUGUAAAGGGUUAAGAAGCUAAAGGUAACCUCGCUGGCACCUGACCAAAAUGACCAAUGGGGAGACAAGAUACUUUCAAAAGCUGGGAGGAGGGAGAGAAACAAAGGGGGUAUGUGUGUCUGUCUAUAUUCUGUCUUUGCUGGGGAUAGACCAGGGAUGGAGUCUUAGAACUUUUAGUAAGUAAUCUAGCUAGGUACGUGUUAGAUUAUGAUUCCUUUAAAUGGCUGAGAAAAGAAUUGUGCUGAAUAGAAUAACUAUUUCUGUCUGUGUAUCUUUUUGUAACUUAAGGUUUUGCCUACAGGGGUUCUCUAUGUUUUGAAUCUAAUUACCCUGUAAGGUAUCUACCAUCCUGAUUUUACAGGGGGGAUUUCUUAUUUCUAAUUACUUCUAUUUUUAUUAAAAGUCUUCUUGU